AUGGCAGAAUGGCUCCACAGGGAGCUGACGGAGAAGCGCGAAGACAGGGGACAGGCGAAAUGUCAGCUCCGAGAUGAGCUGUUUGGCUCGUUUUGCACCGAUGGCGAGCCGGCCCAAGUGCGUACCUUUAACCCGAAUGGAGUUGAUGCUCAAAAGAUCGAGGCAGUCCUGAGAGAGGACGAUCAACUCCCGUCAUUUGGGUCCAUGUCUACGUGCGAAUUCGAGCAGGACUUGCUGACGAACCCAUUCCUCGAAAAGGACGUCCUGGAAGUUUUCCCAGGGUCCGUGGGCACUUCCACUGCUGUCAUAUCUCAAGACUGA